AUGAUUCCGUGGGAUUUUCGCGAUUUUCUGUCGCUGCAAAAAACCAAAACAAUGCAAUUCCAAGAUGGCCAAGCGACCGCAGCGACAUCUGUCACGGUGUGCAACAUAACCUCUCAAAAGAUGAACAGACUGAGGAGUGGAUUCCCCAUUUUCCGGGACUUUUCCCUGUUCACGAGCUUCAGGAGGAGCUGCAAGACAGCCUCGGAGGCUGCGGUGAUCCCGAGUGAGGAGACAUCGGCUGUGGCGGAGUUUGUGGAGGAGGAUGACGAGCAGGAGCAGAGAAGGCAGUUCAUCGAGUCCCAGAGGAACAAAUCUCGCCUCCUGAAGCAGCACCGGAACAUCGUGCACGAGCAGCAGCCCUAUCAGCGCAGCGAAUCAUGGGUGCACAACACGCUGAAGUACAAGAGGGCCAUGUUUGGACGCUACGGGCUGGCCAGUGGCGUGGAUCCCCGGAUUUGCUUCCCCACGGCCGAGGAGCGCGCUGAGAAGGAGGAGUACGAUCGCGUGGCCUAUCCUUACACCUUGGAGCAGAUGCGCACCAGGAUUGAGGAAGAGAAGUGCGCCAAGGCGGAGAGAAUCCGCCUGAGAGAGGAACAAGUGGCCGAGAAGCUGUCCAAGCUGGAGAAGUGGACGGCAGACUUCAGGAAUCGCGUGGAGAAGGCCGAAGCGGAGGCCAGGAGGGUUAAGGAGCGUCGGGAGAGAUUGGUAGAGGAAGUCCGACGUCACUUUGGCUUCAAGCUCGAUGUCAGAGAUGAGAGAUUCAAGGAAUUGCUGGCGCAGAAGGAGAAGGAGGACAAGAAGCAACAGAAGGAGGCGAGGAAGAAGGCCAGAGAGGAGAAGAUAAUUGCUAAGUUACUCGCCAAGGGUGCAGAGGAUAAGAAUCCUGAGAAGAAACCCGAGGAAACCAAGGAAGAAGCGAAAUAGUUUUCGGGGAAAUAAAUUAGUCUAUUCAGAGAA